AUGGCGUCUCCAAAGUCACCAACUAGACCAACCCAACAAAACCCAGAACCUCAAUUCCACGAUUUCCUCCCAGCGAUGGCGGGGAAUCUAGGCGGCGAGGGUCUGAUCGGAGAGCUCUGCAACGGAUUCGAGCUGCUGAUGGAUCGAGAGAGAGGUGUGAUCACGUUCGAGAGCCUUCGCCGGAACGCUGCGGCGGUCCUCGGUCUCGGAGAUCUGACGGACGAUGACGUCAGGAGUAUGAUCGACGAAGGGGAUUUCGAUUGCGACGGCGCGUUGAACCAGAUGGAGUUUUGCGUGUUGAUGUUUAGGCUUAGUCCGGAUUUGAUGGAGGCGUCGCGGUGUCUCGUCACUGAGGUGAUCGAGGAGGAGUUCGGCGAUUGCACGCGACGACAUUGA